AUGGAAGGAAUUCCUUUAGAGAACCAGACAACUUUCAGAAUGGCUACGAACAUUCAGAACAAUAGCGUACUCAAUGAUUCUGGUAAUCAGUCUCCGCAAAGUUCUGCUUCUUCACCCUUCACAAAAAUCAGAAUCCAGAAUCCACCGGCCGGUACCGCAUCUUCACCCACUUUGUCCCACAAGGUAAAGCCCAGAAAGAAGAAAAAUACCGGAGAUGAUUCUCCAAGGCCUUACAAGUGUCCGCUUUGUAACAAGGCCUUCCAUCGACUCGAACACCAGACAAGGCAUAUACGUACACAUACUGGAGAAAAGCCCCACAAGUGCAAUUAUCCCGGUUGUUUCAAGCGGUUUUCCCGCUCCGACGAGUUGACUAGACAUGCUAGAAUUCAUAGCAAUCCGAACUCAAGGAGAAGAAAUGCUGCCAUUCAUAAGUCUAGUUCCACUACUAAGCUCACUCGUCGUCAGCAGCAGAAGCGUAAGGUUCAAAAUUCCACAAAUAAGUUGACUGAAAUGUCUCAGGGACAAGAUGAGGCCGAAGAACAGUUUAAAUCAGAGAGCGAUGACGAUGAAGGUGUCGUUAUUAAAGCCCAUUCCGUUAUUGGAAGCGCUUUUAAGGAGAAACGUGAGCUCAUGCAAAUCAAGCCGGAGUUUCUGUCUGAUACUACGGAUUCUAGCUUGAAUUUGGGGAUGGGUACCCGGUCUUUUGUCAAUAUCGACGCAUUAGCUACUGCUGCAUCCCAGGAGUUGCAGAACUUGAAGCAGCAACAGGAAGUGCACUUCGAGGCACAAAGGGCAGCAGCUGCACUUGUAUCCGGUUCAUCUACAUUAGCCCUCCGCACUGGUGGAGAGACUGGUGAUAGCACACCCGAUAUUCAGUAUGUGAAAUCACUUCCGUCGCUUUCACAGUAUUUCUCAAGGCCUAACACUGCCACUGUCCCAACUGCUACAGCGGGAACUGCAACCAGCCCCACAACUCGUCUUGCUCCUCUUUCGCCAAUUUCUAGACCGAUGUUUCAGCAAAGACCAGUCCUUUCUGCUUUUCCCUCUCUCACUAUGUUUACACCACUCAAAGCUCAGUCCACAAAUUCGUUGGCGCAGUUGAACAACACACUACCUGGUUUACAAUAUGUUCCUAGCAACGUAAGUAUCGCUUCGAUAGACAGGUCUCUUUCCAAUACGGAUCUUGCUGAGUAUUCGCGGUCUCAGCAGCAAUAUAGACCUUCUUCUCCCUCUCUAGUUCCUCCAAUUUCACUUCUUAGAUCAGCCAACUCGACUACAAAUAUUCAGAAUACUACAUUUGGCUCCCAGGAACAAGUGCAACCACAACAACACACAUCGCAAACCCCUGAACUGACUCCACUUCAAACUCCUUCCGUAUCUCCCAAAAUAAGCCCCGUGACAUCUAUGGCACCUCCUAUUGUGGCGAACAUUCAACAGCAGCAGGAGUAA